AUGAUUAAUGCAUAUGAAUUGGCGUUGGAUGCCCUCACUGUGAGAGUGGAGGCUUGUGAGCAAGGUAAGAGAGUGUCCGAUGAUGUGGCGGCCUUGAAGGUCGAUAUUGUUGGGUUGAGGCAUGAUGUGGAUGAGGUGAAAUCCACAGAUCUUUCAAUGUUAUUAGGCACGGUGACCCUUCUUGAGGUCCUGGACACUGAGUUUCCAGCUAUUUCUGAGGUUUCUUCAGCUACUACGACCGCAGAUGCUGCUAGGGCUGAUGAUGAUGCUGAUUCAGAAGCUCUCGAGAUUGAUAAGAAGGAGCUUGGUGUUCGACAUAUAACUUUACAUGAUAACUUAGAUGACCUCGAGGGGGCGAUGUUACAGAUAGGUGUGGAGGCAUAUCUGAGGGACACAUUUAUGGUGGUUUCCUGUUGA